AAGUUUAUGUAUUAUUUUGCAAGAUAUGGUUUGAUUUUGGUCACUGCUUUACAAAGUAUGUUGAAGUUAAUAUGGAAGUGAAUAACAACACUUUAUUUUUCCACAAUGUUUUAGUUUUUAUAUUAUUUUUGCAAGUUUUAUCUAUUUAUGUACCAAAUGAAAUUGAGCUUACAUCCAAGCCUUAUACUACUGGUUUAAAAAUUAAAACACUUUAUAAAUCGUAUUCUCAACCUUAUUAUCAUACAAAUUACAGUAAAGUGUAUGUGCAUAAUAAAAAUUAUACUUCCAGUAUUCUCGACACAUUAGAAGCUCCUAAGAGUUAUGGAACUGUUCACCCAGUUUAUAUUUCAGAGGAUAAAAAAGAAAAAAUACAGAAUAUUCUUAAAGACCAUAACACUAAUAUUGUCGACAAGGAUACCCUAAAUGAAAGAGUUGUUUAUAAAAGAAGAGUACUAAAGCAGAAGAAUGUUCAAGUGUUUAAUAAAUGUCCAAAAGAUUUAACUGGGCAAUUUGUUUAUGAUCUAUCCUGCAAUCAAUAUUUAGAUUGUUGGAAUGGAAGAGGCGGACCAAGAAAUUGCGCACCUGGAACACUGUUUAAUCCUAAAACAUUAGAGUGCGAUUAUCCAGAAAAAGUGGAAUGUUUAACAGGACCAAGUGGAAGCACUCUUACAUUACAAAAAACUGCAAAAUAUGAAACACCUGAACAAGCCAAAUGUCCUGAUGGUUUUAGUGGUUUGAUUCCCAAUUAUAGCGAUUGUGCAAAAUUUAUCGAAUGUAAUAAUGGAAUACAAACUUCAAAGGACUGCCCGCCAGGCACAUUAUUUGAUAGUAAUCAAAAUGUUUGUAAUCACCCUGGACAAUCAACUUGCUUUUCUAAAAAAGGAGGUUUUGAGUAUGGAGUAAAGGAAGAGUUUGGUGGUAGUACUGACAUUCGCUCACCAAAUUAUGGUUAUGGAGGAAAUACGUACACAAAUCAGCAACAAAAAGGAUAUUAUCCCGCUCACAGUUCUUACACGUACGAACAACAGCAAAGUUCUAAGAUUUGUGAUCCAACAAACCCAUACUGUAAAACUGGGGGCUAUGUUGUUUCUGGUCAAAAUAUUUAUACAUAUCCAGAUAAUAAAAAAUAUUAUACUCCAGAUGCAACGACUAAUAAUGGGGUAAAUAAUGGUAAUAUAACAAUUUGUAAUCCGAAUACUCAGGGGUGUACUCAAUUUAGUUCUUUAAGUCCAUGUAACAAUGAGAAUUGUGAUCAAGGUACCGGUUCCUCAUAUAACGAAUGGUCCACGGCUGGUCCUCUUAGCGGCACUGUUUAUAUGCAAUAUAUUAUGUGUAAUCCAGCUGUUGAGGAUUGUUCCAGUUCCAAUUUUGUACAAGGAACAUUUGUAAUGGGACCACAGGGUUCUUUAUGCAACCCAGUUAAGCAAAAUUGUCACCCUUUCCCUUAUAUCCCCACUACAUAUAUGAAUCUCAAUAAAAAUGGGGCAAAUAAACAGACACAUUUACCUGGAGCUUACUACAUAAAAUAUGUGGUUUGCAAUCCGCAGCAGGAGAACUGUUCUCAGUUUCGAGACGGAAUUAUAGAAGCAGCUUAUGGAAGACCUUAUUCUACAGGAUCUUCUAGUUCCAAUGUAGCUUCUGGAUGUGAUCCAAAUAUUCAUAAUUGCGACACUGGAAUUGCCGAAACAGCUUAUGGAAGGCCAUCUUUUUCUCCAGGACAUUCCAGUUCUAAUAUGGCUUCUGGAUGUGAUCCAAAUAUUCAUAAUUGUGACACUGUUUCUUAUCAAAAUCCCCAGAGUCAAGAUUGCAACAUUCCCAAUAAAAAUUAUAGGUGUAGACAAGGGGACCAAAGAUGCUGCGAACAAAAAACUAAAACACAGAAAUCUCUGAACGAGGGAGCACACAAUAAGCCAAAAUGUCCUGAUGGUUUUCAAGGUAUUACUAAGCAUCCGACAGAUUGCAAAAAGUUUUUGAAUUGCGCGAAUGGCAUUACCUAUGUUCAAGAUUGUGGUCCAGGAACACUGUUUAAUCCAAUCAUUUUAACUUGUGAUUUUCCCUAUAACGUUGAUUGUAAAGAUGGAGAUGUUACUACUACUCCAUCCUAUGAAGAUACCACACAAUAUUAUUCUAAUUAUGACCACACAGUUACAAAUAAUUUUAAUCCAAAUUGCCAGGGAUAUGGAUGUCGAGAUCAACAGAAUUAUGCUAAUAUUGGCGGUUCUAAUGCUUGUCAAGGAAAUCAUUGUCAGAGUGGUUUACCAGGGAAUAUGCAAGGGCAAGGUCAAUAUUAUCCAGCAUAUAGUGAGUUUGGAGUCAGUGGAAGCACUGACACUGGUACAUCAGAUUACUUAUCAAAUGGUUUUAGUUCUCAAAGUCAACAUACAAAAUCGACUAAUUGCCAGGGUAUUCAGUGCCAAAGUAGUUUUGGUGCCCAAGGAAAUCUCGGUUAUAUAGGAAAUUCAGGCUAUUCGUCACAAGGAUCAAUUAAUAGUGGUAAUCAGAACUGUCAAGGCACUGGUUGUUCUUCAAAUCGUGGUAAUCGAAAUUAUGCUAUAAGUAAUCAGGAUCAAAUCGCCCCUUGUCAAGGAUACCUGUGUGAUACUAACAAUUCUCAGGAUAUUAAUCAGAACAGGAGAAAUUAUGUCCAAAAUAAAGGAUCUAUAAAUACUCCUGAUAAAAAUGCCUGUCAAGGAUACCAAUGCAUCACUAACCAGGGUCAGAAUAUUAACCAAAGACCGAAUGUUAAUCAAAACAAAAAUAUAGAUGAUCAUAGUCGUAUAAAUCCAGAGCAGGCCUCUGCUGGCGUACAAACUGGUAUAAAUGGUUACAGAAGAGAUAAUGAAAACAGCCAUAUAAUGAAGAUACCUUCAAAGAAUAGUGGGUACCAAUCAGUUACACCAGUGAACAAACUUGAUAGAGUGACUUACGGAGGAUUCAAUAAUGAAAAAUCUCCGGAUUAUGUUGAUAUUUUCAGUCCGGAUGAAACCAGGAACUUUGUUUAUGCUACAAGCACUCAAAAGCCCACAAAUAAACCAGAAAAAGCUGCAUGGGCUCCUUCUUUUAACGAUUUAUUUAGCACUGACGUAAAUGCCGAUUAUGUUUUUGAAUAUGAAGAUGGCGAACCGGUUACAUUAGCUCCAGAAAAUGUGAAAAUUGAUAAAAAGAUAAAAUCUAGAUGCGAAGAUAACGAUUUUGUUUGCGAUAAGAGAACGUGUAUUUCUAAAAAUUUUGUUUGUGAUGGAGAGAGGGAUUGUAGUGAUGGAAAGGAUGAAAAACACUGCCAGAAGUAUUUAAACGAUUUUAAGCCAUAUAAAAACUCAAGACUUGAUGUGUUAGAAAAACAGAGAUGGGAUAAUGUUAGUCAUGCGACUUGCGCCUUACUUUGUGCGGAUAGUGUACAAUUUGAGUGUAAAUCAUUUAAUUACCGACGUAUAGAUAGAUCUUGCUUCUUAACAAACGAAAAUAUAGGCGGAACUGGGGCACUGAAAAACUAUUAUCCUUGCGACUACUAUGAAAGAAAAAGUACGUCUGUUGACUGUACCGAUAUACAUAAGUGUCCCUCUGGCAAAUGCUUGACUAGCGAUCAAGUAUGUGAUGGAUAUAAUGACUGUGGAGAUGGAGCUGACGAGAAGGAUUGUCGCGCUUCUGAUUUUGGUUAUGAGGUGAAAUUAGUGGGAGGAAAAGAGAAACAUGAAGGUCGUGUUGAAGUAACAGUGUUUGGCAUAACGGGAUAUAUUUGUGAUGAUCAGUUUAAAACCACAGAUGCCAAUGUGCUUUGCAAAGAACUAGGUUUCCCACUUGGCGUUGCUGAAGUUAAAGGUAACUCAUAUUUUGCGAAAGAUAUCGAAGAAAAUAAUACUCUAUACAUGAUGGAUGACAUUGAAUGUAUAGGAAAAGAGACUAGUCUUAUGCACUGUAAAUUUGCUGGUUGGGGUAUACAUAACUGCGGUGAUCAUGAGAUUGCUGGAGUUAUUUGCAGGAUACCCCAAGAGCAAUGUCAAGAAGGGUAUUGGAAAUGCGAUACAAGAAAUGAAUGUGUAAAAUUGCCAUUUGUGUGCGAUGGAUUGGAUGACUGUAGUGAUAAUUCAGACGAAGCUAGUUAUCAUUGUGAUGCACCUAUAUCAUUUAGGUUAGUAAACGGUAGUAAAGAUAGCGAAGGUCGUUUAGAAGUUAGACACAAUGAUAUAUGGGGAUCGGUUUGCGAUGAUGAUUUCAAUGAAGAUGCGGCAAAGAUAAUUUGCCAAAACUUGGGAUAUAGAGGAUCAGCUUAUGUAAAGAAAGAUGCUUACUUUGGAAGAAGUGACGGACCUAUAUGGCUUGACCAAGUUUCAUGUUUUGGCAACGAAACAUCUAUUGAAAAAUGUGCUCAUUGGGAUUGGGGUGAACAUAAUUGUGAUCAUUCAGAAGAUGUAGGAAUAGUUUGUAGUAACGAGAUUAACCAAGUUGAAGAAAGAAAGAGUCGUAAAAAAUCGGUUUCUCAGAGUAUUAAUAUGAAUUAUGGUAAUCAACAGUCACUUACACCAAAACAAUGUGGAUACAGAAAUGACAACAUAUUCUUGCAAGGUGGCGAUAUCCAUUUUAGAGUAGUUCAAGGAUCCGUUGCAAAACCAGGGGAAUAUCCUUGGCAAGCUUCACUAAGGAUAAACAGCCAUGGCAAGUCAGCUCAUUGGUGUGGUGCAGUGGUAAUAUCAUCUAAAUGGGUACUAACUGCUGCUCACUGCUUGGAAGGUUAUCCUAAAGGAGCAUAUGUAAUAGUUGCAGGGGAAUAUAACAUAGAUGAAGACGAAGGUACUGAACAACAAGUUUAUAUAGAAGAAUAUUAUUUGCAUGACCAUUUUCGAGAGGGGCAUAAAAUGGGUAAUGACAUUGCUAUGAUAAAAUUGAAGGGUAAUGGUUUUAAUUUGAACCAAGAUAUACAACCAAUAUGUUUACCGGACGAGGCUUCCGAUUAUGAACGGGAAUUGAAUUGUACGAUUUCUGGUUUUGGUACAAUACAAACUGGAAAAUCUGCUUAUUCACAUAAACUUAGAGCGGCUUGGAUACCAAUACAAAAAUUUGAUGUCUGUAAAAUGGCGCAUAUAUAUGGUUCAGCUAUUACUGAAGGGAUGAUAUGUGCAGGCGAUCUAACUGGCGGUAUUGAUGCAUGCGAUGGAGAUAGCGGGGGACCUCUGGCCUGUUUGGAUAAUGGGGUGUUUACUCUAUAUGGUUUAACAUCAUGGGGACAAAGAUGUGGAUAUGCAAACAAGCCUGGAGUAUAUGUGAAAGUAUCUUUUUAUAAAAAAUGGAUAGACAAAAUUAUGGAAUUACAUUCAUAGAUACUUUAUUUUUAAUAAUAUGAAAUAUGGUAUUAGUAUUUUAGUGGACGAGUUAUAUGGAUGUGUAAUAUUUAUAUAUCUUAACAAAUAUAUGUAUAUAACUUUU